ACUUAAAAUGUAAAGUGCAACAGUAACAGGUGAGAGGCAUAAAUUCACUGUGACAUGUCGGAGGAAGUGUCUUUGAAGAGAGCGGUACGAACUUCCGGAAACAUUUCAGAAGAGGAAGAGGCACUUGCACGUUUGCACCUUGUUGUUCAGAUUUCUCGCCGAUUACUGAGGACAGAGAUACCAUGUGGGAGUCACAUGAGCGUGGAUGAGCCGUGAGCUAGGGGCCGCAGAGGGGAGAGUUCCUGCACUGUGACUGCACUAGGAGGGAGGGGGCAGGCCUACAUGAGAGGGCCCCUCCAGCCCUCCUGUGUCCUCAACAUAAGCAAUGAACAGCACAACUGUGCCUCCGGUCAUCAUCAGCGGGGAUGUGGCAGUAACCUAUGUCCUGGUGCCAUUUUUCCUCAUCACCAUUAUUGGGAUAGCUGCAGCUGUGGCCAUGUAUAUCCGAAAGAAGAGAAGACUUGACAGAUUACGUCAUCAGCUGUUACCUGUGUAUUCCUACGACCCGUCAGAGGAGCUGAAUGAAGCUGAACAAGAGAUGCUUUGGAAAGAAGAAGACACAAAGAUUGUACAAGGCUGGGCCAAGCACUAUCACCAACAGCGCCCUCUCCUGACCAAAGAUGUUAAGGCUUGAACUAGUUCUGUUGUAAAUCUACUUGAAUGCCUCUGUACAGUUUACCAUUCAUGUUUAAGUGCAGUGAAGCUACUGAAAAAGCCUUAUGCACACAAGAUAUUCACCCUGCUUUCAUGCUAGGGGGCCUCUGCUGUAAGAGAAUGUCACCUUUUAGUUUCUGAUGCCAAUCCUUUGUGCCUGAAAAUGUAUUUAUUUGAUUAUUUAUUGAGUUUAUUUUUAUGCAAUGGUAUCAAUGGCGAAACUCAAGAAUGUAUAUAUACUGAUUGUUGAUUUGAAUUUGUCUAUACCAGUGCCAGCAAUUUUAUUUCACGUUAAUUUCUUGCAGUUGUUGAACUUUAUUUCACUUUGAUGAGUCAGCUCAAUAUAUCCUUUGUUAGACAUCCCAAUGGUAUGUGAGACCAGAUGGAAAUGAAUUAUACCCACCUAAAAGACUCAUUUGUUACUAAAAUGAGUGGUGACUAGUAUCAAAAAUAUGUCCUGUUUAGAAGGCAUGGCACAAACUCAAAGUUACUUCUCACUAAAGAAUGCCAUUGAACUGUCAAAAGCAAAACUCAGGAACUUAGUCGAAACUGUUCUGGAUAGAGGAAAAGUGCACUGAAGAAAUAUAGAAUAUUAAAUAAUACACUGAAUGUGGACUCCCUUCUAGUAGGGGGGUCUACAACCUGCUUUUCCUUGGUAGUUCCACAGCAUAAGAUUAAAUUACUCGAACUUUCAAUUAUAGGUGUUAUUUCGCAAAGAUGCCUUUAAAAUACAUGCAAACCUUACUGUGACCAGGGUCACCUCUACAGCACGGAUUUAUAAUUUGGACUGGUGGCAGUCUCAGCACAAAAGUUUAAUAGUGCACCUCUUAAAAUAACUGAUAAUUAUGGUGAUAAAGGCAAAACAAAACUUCAGUAUCUCAAGCUACACAAAACACAUUUGAAAUUAUUCCAAAGGCUACUAAAAGUUUAAAAGAACUGUUCUUAAUGAUCAGUUGUUGGAUUGUUUUUGUACUUUGAAGAUGCUGUUAGACCCAUCACAGUAAUUAUAUUGUGAUCUAUUCAAUAAAAAAAAUUGUUUCAAUAAAAA